ACAUAUUGCCUGUAAUACUUUUUCUCAGGGGGUGUCAUGGAAAUAUCAAAAAUUCUGGCUGCUAUAGACUUUUCAGUGCAUAGGUGAAGCAAACGAAUUUGAGAUGGACUCCCCACCAUCAUGUUCGCUAAGCGCUGGGCCUCUCAGUGAUCUUGGUAGCAGUGGCCUGGGGGGUUCAAUAUCUAGCGAUUCUGUUAGAGCACAUCUUGCGAUGGAGAUGCAAGAGAGCGACAUAGAGAGCAAGUCCCUAUCGCAAGAUUCUUUUGAUUAUUCGGACGGCAUGUGCGGCGAGAAUUUCAACACCCUAAAAAAGGGCCCAGGCUGGGGCGACGCGGACGGCAAGUUGGAGGUCGAGGGAGUCGACGUGGCGAUCAAGCCACCUCCAGAAUUUCAGGAUAGUCCUUCGCCGCCAGACUCGGAAUCUUCGUCGGUGCCGAUUCUGAAUUACGCGCGACUAAUGAGACGCAGAACGCCACGCUGGAUCGACGACUAUGCCGAGAACCUGGUACAAUCGAUGAUAGAGGAAGCGCUGGCCAUUUCUUGCCGCAUCUCUUGGCCGGAAGGAAGAAUCGCGCCUGUUACGAAUCCAGUUUCAGCGGUGACACGGUCCCAACAGACCAACCCUAAACGCAUGUGGGAUCUAAUGACGCCACCAGUAUGUCAGGGCGCUGCUACCAUCACUAUUACCCCAUACAAUACGCUGAACCGGCCAAACUCACGCUGUUCGCUGGCCUCUUCGCGACUGUCCAGUUCACACAAUUCCAUCAACACUACUGGGCUUGGCCACAAGGCUGACGACAGCAGCUUCAUUACAUCCGCGAUGUCGCACGAUGUGCUGACCACAAGUGAAAUUAGCGACAUGUACAAUGUACCCUUUGAUUCAGAUAUUUACACAGUUCCGAUCGAUGUGGUGCGGCCGUUGCACGAUCUACGAACGCCACAGCGGCCUAAACGGCAUCGGCAUCAUCGCAAAAGACGGCGGAACGUUUCUGCGAGUUCGCAGAGUGAACUGGAGGCACACAUUCAACAGGCGCGUCAUUAUUGUGGCAAACCCCGUGCCAUCACGCAUGUUAUUAAAUCACAGCGUUUGUUGGCUGAUGUGUGCUGUAACGAGGGCAAUCCCGCUGUCGGCAGUGGUGGUGGUGGUGGUAGUAGUAGUAGUGGUGCUGUUAGCGGCAGUUGCAAUAGCGGUGCCGGUGGAGGUAGUGGUAAUGGUGGCGGUAAACGACACAGCGUGCCGGGUACUUCUGGUCGUCAUAGUGUCAGACCAUCGAACGGACAUGCACAUAACAUUGGUGAACCGAUCCACAUGACCUUGCACGAGGUGCGACAGUAUCUACAGACAUUGUACUCAAGCUCCAGCGAUUCUAGCGAGAAUAAGAUCAAACGGGACAAGGCUCCUCUGCUAGGCCAUACACCAGUGCAUCUCGCAACGCCUAAGGCCCUCAGUGUAAAUAAUAAUAAUAAUAGGUAUAACGGUAAUGCGCAUACGGACUCGUCCACGGACACGCCGGUGUCCAAUAAGAGCACUAGUAAUGGCCUGAUGAUCCAUCAUCACAACAACAACAAUAACAAUCAUAACAAUAAUAACUCCAAUAAUGUAAAGAAACACAAGAGGAACGCGUUUGUUGGCAUCAGGCACAAGAAAGCGCGCGACGAAUCGCAUAAGGAGAAGAGCGAAUCUGAGCGAGAGAAGAUGAAGAAGAGUCAGCGUAAUUUUUCGCUAAAUCUUAAGCAAACGCUCUGUAAUAUCUUCCGAUUUCGACGACUAGGCUCGCCGGACCAUUUUGUGGAGAAACGAAACAGCAUCGUACAAGGAGAGAUCGUUGAAGAGGAAGAGGGUGUCGAUUCCGAUCAGCAUACAAACAACAAUAAUACCGCUCCAUCUGAGGUAGAGCCGUCCGCGCAGAAGCUACCAUUCUUCAAGCGUGCUUUACCACCUCUGCCCAAGAGUAAUAGUCAAGUGGGUGUAGAGCAAGCGGAAGAAGCUCUUACAGCAAUGGCACCCAAGUGUGAGUCUCCGAGCUCGGUACAGCAACAAGUUCCGCCGCCUAUCGUGCGACCAGAAGAAGAUACCGCUGAGGACACGAGUAUGGAUUUUGCAGCCAGUAUCGAGAAAGUGAAGGAUUAUGGAUGGUAUUGGGGACCUAUUUCCGGUGAAGCGGCAGAGAAGAUACUAUCCAACGAACCGGACGGCUCAUUCAUCGUGCGAGACAGUAGUGAUGAUCAUUAUAUUUUUUCUUUGUCAUUUAGACUCAACAGUUGUGUGCGACAUGUAAGGAUAGAACAUGAUCAGGGUAAUUUUAGCUUCGGCAGCUGCACUAAGUUUAAGUCGCACACUAUCGUUGACUUUAUCGAGAACGCGGUCGAGCAUUCACGCAGUGGUCGCUAUCUCUUCUUCCUACACCGACGGCCAGUUCUGGGCCCAAUGCGGGUACAGCUGCUCCAUCCGGUGUCGCGCUUCAAACAAGUACAGAGCCUGCAGCAUACGUGCAGGUUCGUCAUCCUGAAGAUGGUGCGCAGGGACUUGAUCCCGACCUUACCGUUACCCCGGCGGCUCAUCGACUAUCUCAGCACACCCCAUUAUUACAGCGAACAGCUGGCGGCCGAACAGGACGACCGAGCUGAAUCACCGGUCAGCUCGUCGACCGGAGAAUUAGAGAAGAUCUGCUUCACGCCGCAGGGUCUCUCGUGA